AUGCCAAAAGAUGCUGUGCUGCUGCAGCAGAAGCUGCUGCAGCAGCAGAUUGAAUACCAGCAGCAACAGCAGCAACAACUCCUGCAACUGCAGCAACAUAUACAGCAGCAGCAGCAACAUAUACAGCAGCAGCAGCAGCAGCAACAACAUAUACACAAACAGCAAACUGCAGCAGACAAAAAAACUUCUCCGGCUGCAUCAACGACGGCUUCUUCUCCCUGCUCUUCUCCCCCUCAUUCUCCUAGCCCUUCUGUUUCCUCUCGCAGGCUUGCUGCUGCUGCUGCUGCUGCUGCUGCUGCAGCAACAACAACAGCAGCAGCAGCAGCAGCAGCAGCGGGAACAACAGCCGACGCAGCAGCAAAGCACGGACACACCCGCAACAACACCGCCGGCGAUUCUUCACAGGCAGCAGCACAAGCUCCAGCAGCAGCAGCAGCAGGAGCAGCAGCAGCAGCAGCAGCAGCAGCAGGAGCAGCAGCAGCAGCAGCAGCAGCAGCAGGAGCAGCAGCAGCAGCAGCAGCAAUUUCUCCUUCUUUUAUGUACCGCCUCUAUGCUGUUAUUACUCACUCUGGCAGUUCGCUGUCUUCUGGGCACUACCGGGCGUUUGUGAGGGCCCCCACAGCAGACACCCCAGCAGCAGCAGCAGCAGCAGGAACAGCAGCAGCAGCAGCAGCAGCAGGGGGGGGGAGAGGAGACUGGAUUGCUAUAGAUGAUGAGAUUGUCUCUCUCGUUAGCGAGACAGCUGUGCUGCAGCGACUGCAGCAGGAGGCCUAUCUCCUUUUCUACGCAAAAAUACCUUCGCAGGCAGAGCGGCAGCUGCAGCAGCUGCUGCAGCAGAAUAAAACCCUCAAGCAGCAGCAGCAGCAGCUGCUGCUGCAGCAGCAGCAGCAGCAGCAGCAACCGAUACAAAAUAUGCUUGACACAGAUGACGAAAGCAGCAUCGGCCACGCAGAUUCUGCUGCUGAGCUCAGCACCAGUGAGGAGGAGUGGAGCGACUGCAGCAGCAGCAGCAGCAGCAGCAGAAGCAGCAGCAGCAGCAACAGCAGCAGCAACAGCAGCAGCAGCAGCAGCAGCAUGCAAGCCAUGAUGCCGCUGCUGCGGAGGCUACAGAGAACGCGCCGUUUGCUGCAGUUUGCUUCGCGCCGCCGCAGAGUGCUGCUGCUGCUGCGCUGCCGGUUGCUGCUGCUGUCUAUACACCGCGCUAGAAAUGGAAAAAGAACAAUCAGAGUAAACAGCAACCAACAGCAGCAGCAGCAGCAGCAGCAGCAGCAACAACAGCAGCAGCGACAGCUGCAGCAGCAGCAGCAGCGACAGCUGCAGCAACAGCUGCAGCAGCAGCAGCAGCAGCAGCAGAGGAGGUCCAUUGGUGUCGUAACAGCAGCAAUGAUGCAGAAAAGAAAAGAAGAAGCAUCAAGCCGCAAGCAGCAGUUUGGGUGCAGCGCAGCAACCAGCUGGGAGGAAGAAGAGGAGAAAGAAGACGGAGACAACCCUGCUGCUGCUGCUGCUGCUGCUCAGCAGCAGCAGCAGCAACAACAGCAGCAGCGACAGCUGCAGCAGCAGCAGCAGCGACAGCUGCAGCAGCAGCAGCAGCAGCAGAUGAGCAGCAGGCGUUUGAAUUGCUGCAGCUGCAGCAGCAACCCCUGCCGCAUAAACGCAGCCGCCACGAUAGAGAAUAUGAUAUGGGGAGACUAA